UGAUGUUUCAACCAAAGAAAACCAUUUUCUUCAGUCAUGAUCUGUUGCUCUUCCUCUAAAUUUCUUUCUAUGUGCAUAAUAGCCCACACAUCUUCUUCACUUUGCCGCGCCGAUAACCCCAAAUCUCAACUUCCAACGUUUUUCUAAUUUAAAUGGCGAUGCAUCUUGGGUGUCUCUGGCUUUUUAUUUUCUUCUUGUGGAACCCGGUUUUCUCCCAGUUCGAUGAGAUCUUCUAUGGUGGAUUCGGUGGAGUUGGCACCAACAUAAGCUUGAACGGAGUUGCUCGGAUCCAGAACGGCGGGAUUCUUCAAUUAACCAACCAGACCAGCCGUUUAGUGGGUCACGCCUUCUACCCGUCUCCUCUCCGAUUCAAAAACUCCACCGACGGCACAGCUUUCUCUUUCUCUACUUCUUUCGCAUUUGCCAUCGUUCCCGAGUAUCCAAAGCUUGGUGGGCAUGGCCUCGCUUUCACAAUUGCUCCGACGAAAGAGCUCAAAGGAGCACUUCCGAGCCAGUAUCUCGGCCUGCUCAAUGCUAGUGACGUCGGAAACUUCUCCAACCAUGUUUUCGCUGUGGAAUUCGACACAGUUCAAGACUUUGAGUUUGAGGACGUCAACGACAAUCAUAUUGGGAUCGACAUCAAUGACUUGAGGUCAAAUGCCUCUAUUACCGCCGCUUAUUACACCAAUAUCUCAACAAAGGAAAACCUUAAUCUCAAAAAUGGCAAGACGAUUCAGGCGUGGAUAGAUUAUGAUUCGGUGAAUCAUCUUCUCAAUGUAACGCUUUCGCCUUCUUCUUCUUCAAAACCCAGUAGCCCAAUACUCUCUUCCAAUUUGGAUCUAUCCCCUAUCCUCCGCGACACCAUGUUUGUGGGCUUCUCCGCCUCCACGGGUCUGCUAGCCAGUUCCCAUUACGUCUUCGGAUGGAGCUUUAAGAUGAACGGAGCUGCUCCAUCCCUCGACCUCUCUUCCCUUCCUUCGCUCCCCGGUCCAAAAAAGAAAAACACGGCCAUGACGAUAGGCGUGUCCGUCUCAGCAACUCUUGUCAUGAUUGCAGCAAUCUCCAUUGCAGUGUAUCUCAUCUGGAAGAUCAGGAACGCAGACGUAAUCGAGGAAUGGGAAUUCUCUGUAGGCCCACAUCGGUUCUCCUACAAGGAACUCAAGCUCGCAACCAAGGGUUUUAGGGACAAGGAACUGCUUGGGUUUGGUGGUUUCGGUAAAGUUUACAAGGGAAUAUUACCAAAUUCGAAAACCCAAGUCGCAGUUAAACGAAUCUCGAAUGAAUCAAGACAAGGAUUACGGGAAUUCGUCUCUGAGAUCUCGAGCAUCGGUCGUCUUCGACACAAAAACCUCGUCCAAUUACAAGGAUGGUGUCGCAGACGAGGGGAUCUCCUCCUCGUCUACGACUUCAUGCCCAAUGGGAGCUUGGAUAGAUUCCUCUUCGACAGACCCAAAUCGAUUCUCAGCUGGGAGCAGAGAUUCAAGGUCCUCAAAGGCGUAGCUUCGGGUUUGUUGUACUUGCACGAAGAAUGGGAACAGGUGGUAAUUCAUAGAGAUGUUAAAGCGAGCAACGUGUUGUUGGAUGGCGAAUUAAAUGGUCGACUUGGAGAUUUCGGACUCGCUAGGCUGCACGAACAUGGAUCAAACCCAACCACGACACGGGUGGUGGGCACACUGGGAUACCUAGCGCCGGAGCUAACCCGUACAGGGAAGGCCACGACGAACUCCGACGUUUUUGCUUUCGGUGCUGUGUUGUUGGAAGUAACGUGCGGGCGGARACCCAUUGAGCCGAAAGCAUUGCCGGAAGAGCUGAUAUUAGUGGACUGGGUAUGGGAAAAAUGGAGGGAUGGGUCCAUCUUUGAUGCGGUGGACCGCAGGUUGAAAGGGGAGUAUGAUGAGGCGGAGGUGGUGAUGGUGCUCAAAUUGGGUCUAAUGUGUUCAAACUUUGCCCCCGCCGCGCGUCCGACCAUGAGACAGGUGGUCAGGUACUUGGAAGGGGAAGUCAAGUUGCCGGAAGAGUUGAGCAAGCCAGGGGAAAACCAAGCGGAGAAGAACGAAGUGGGGUUUGAUGAUUUUAUUCAUUCUUACCCAUCUUCGUCUGAGAAGGUGAGUUCGUAGUCUUUAAUGGGAGCUGGAGAUAAGCGGAAAUUCCACCCUCGACGCCACCUCCAUCUCUUCUUUCUGGCAGAGAUUGUUUCGAUAAUGAGUGAGAUCAUUUUAUCAAUUUAUUUAUUUUGGUUGUUUGCUUUUUUUUUUUUUUGAGUAAUCUCUUGCGGCAUUAUAUCUUUUUUUUUUUUGUGUGUGUGUUUGAUUCUAAAUGAGUUAACUAACGGUAUGUAAAUCAAAAGGCUGAAACAUGGAUGAUUUUGGUUGUUAUUGUUGAUUUCUUUAUUGUUCAUUUGUUGAUUGAAGUUGUUUUAAAAGAUUAACUUCUUCCUUUUUCAAUUGAA